AUGAAGCUGCUCGUCUUCUUCACAGUAAUCCUGGGCAUGCUUGUCACAGGACUAGAUUCUGUUUAUAUCAAGAAGCACUUCAAGCUGUCAUAUAAACGCAGAUCAGAUCACAAGGAAUGUCAUUGUUUGAAUGGAGGAACCUGCAUUACCUAUUACCUUUUUAGCGGAAUUCAUCGUUGCAUAUGCCCAGAAGGAUACACUGGGAUUCACUGUGAACUAGACACUGACAGUGUAUGCUAUACUGAGAAUGGGGAGGACUACAGAGGAAUGGCAACAGAAGAUGAAUGUCUGCCAUGGGACCUUCCAUCAGUAAUCAGGAGGGGUCAUUACCAUGCUCACUUGACGAAUGCUUUGCAGCUUGGACUUGGCAAACACAGCUACUGCAGAAACCCAAAUGGAAGGAAGAAGCCCUGGUGCUACACCAAAAAGGGAUUCAGCAUUCAAGAAACACCCUGCAACAUAGAGAAGUGUGGGCAUGCAUGUGGUCAAAGGAGCAUCAGCAAGUACUUCAAGAUUGUUGGUGGAAGCCAGGCAGAGGUUGAGUCUCAGCCUUGGAUAGCUGGCAUCUUCCAAAACAUAAGGGGCGUUGACCAUUUUCUGUGUGGUGGCAGCCUCAUUGACCCUUGCUGGGUACUUACAGCAGCACACUGUUUUCAUACUCCGUCAAAAAAACCACAAAACAGGUCCAUCUACAAAGUCUUCCUUGGAAAGUCCAUACUGAAUAUUACUGAUGAUAAGGAACAAGUAUUCAUGGUUGAUGACAUCAUCUCUCACCCUGACUUUACAGAUGACACAGGUGGCAAUGAGAAUGAUAUUGCUUUGAUAAGGAUAAGAACAACUUCUGGACAGUGUGCGGUAGAGUCCAAAUAUGUCAGAACAGUCUGCUUGCCAGAGAAGAACCUCUACUUACGUGACAAUACACGGUGUGAAAUAGCUGGCUAUGGAAAACAAGAUUUUUAUGACAUUUACUAUGCUCAAAGACUGAUGUCAGCUACUGUAAAUUUAAUAUCACAGACAAAAUGCAAAUAUGAAUACUAUGAUAAUACCAGAAUUACUGACAACAUGGUCUGUGCUGGAGAUCCUGCAUGGAUGGCUGAUGCAUGCAAGGGAGAUUCCGGUGGCCCCAUGGUCUGUGAGCACAAUGGCAGGAUGAUGCUUUAUGGGAUUGUCAGCUGGGGAGAUGGCUGUGCGAAGGAAAACAAGCCUGGCGUUUACACCAGAGUUACUCGAUACCUUAACUGGAUUGAUUCCAGUAUGAAUGUGGUGAUGUCCAAGAGUCGUUUUGUCCCUGAACCGAAGUGA